GUUUUUGUAAGAAGCUGACUUCCAGGGGCAAUAAGUUAAUUGUGCAUCAGUGAUGAUAAAAAUAAAAUGAAUAUAGCUGAUAAUUUGGGUGUGUCACCUGCCGAUAUACCACCAGAAUCAUUAAUAAAGGUUAAUGUAAAGGUUCAGUGUCAUGUAUCAAGUAAUGAAACAGUCUGUAUUACAGGAAAUAUAAAAGAAUUAGGUAAAUGGAAAGUAAAAAAUUGUAUUACUAUGAUAGAAGACCCUGAACAGAGUGGAACAUGGAAUGCAACAAUUCUUGUAGCUCCUCAUCGUAAAGUAUAUUUCCGAUAUUUUGUGGCUAUUAUUUUAAAAUCUGAUGAUGGAAGGAAAAUCUUCAUUAGGAACUGGGAAUCUCAUUUACAUCCUCGGAAAUUAAAUAUUGAAAAUAAUGAACUUCAUAUAUUUGGAAUGCAUAAUGAUGGAAAUAUAAAGAUUGAUCAAGGAUGGCUAACAGAGCAAACUGUAUUACAAUUUCAAUUAUAUAAUAAGCCAAUUACUAUAUGGGAAAACCAAUAUAGGAGAAAGCCAAUAUUUUUUCAUUUGAGUGCAUUAGAUAAGUCCACAAGUAGUAUCAAUUUUACACGUCCUCCUGAACUUGACUUGCAAAAUAUAAAUGAAGAAGAACCACCAACUUGGCCAGUUGUAGAAAUUGCGAUAAUGUCAGAUGAAGAUUGUAAAUUUAAAAUGCAAAAUCAAUUUGGACAUGAAUACAAUCCUGAUGAAUUUGUUCUUUUUCGCAUUCAUAUGUUAUAUCCAAGAACAAUAGUCUACAAAAUUGAUUUUUAUUGUCAAACAGAAGAUUAUCCAGAAUAUAUUGGCUUUUGUAUUAUUCUUUCUGAAAGUCUCCAAGGCACUACGGGUUCACAUAUAGUCCCUAUUAAUGGAAAAUCGGAACGACCAAUUGGUCAAUUAACUUUUUCUUAUUUAUUCAUUCAACCACUUCAAAGCUAUCCAUGUGAUUUCAGUAUAACUUAUGCAACACAUUGGAAGCAUGGAUUUACUCAACUAGAUGUCGGUCAUAGAGGAGCUGGAAAAGUUCGUAGGACUGAUACAAGUGACAGUGUAUUAGAAAAUACAGUGGCAUCCUUCAAUUAUGCUGCAAAACAUGGUGCAGACAUGGUAGAAUUAGAUGUCCAACUGACAAAAGAUAAAGUCCCAAUUGUAUAUCAUGAUUACUAUAUUUGUCUCUCUCCAAAAAGUAAAAAGGAAUCAAGUACAACAGAACUACUAGAAGUGGCUGUUAAAGACUUGACAGAAAAGCAGCUAAAACAGCUAAAGCUCAAUCCAGCUACAGGGGAUACAAAUUUAUUUAGAGAUGAUGAUUAUGAAGAUAAUCAGCCAUUUCCAACAUUAGAAUAUUGUCUGAAAGCUGUUGUGCCUGAAGCUAGCUUUAAUAUUGAAAUAAAAAGUCCAAUGCAAUUAAGGGAUGGCACUUGGGAGCUUGAUCAGCGAUUUGAACUUAAUGACUACUUAGAUAAAAUAUUAACUAUUAUUUUAAAAUAUGCUGGUACACGAUACAUAAUAUUAUCUUGUUUUGAUCCUGAUAUUUGCAGUAUGAUUCGAAUGAAACAAAAUAAGUACCCCUUAUUGUUUUUAACUCAAGGUGUUACAGAAAAAUAUCCUGCUUAUUUAGAUUUAAGGACAUCAUCUGUUCCUAUGGCUGCAUUUUUUGCACUUAGCAUUGGAAUCCUGGGUAUAGAUGUUCAUGCAGAAGAAAUUCUAAAGAAUAGAUCAUUAAUAAGUUUUGUGAAAAGUAAAAAUCUUGUUCUAUUUAUUUGGGGAGAUGAUGUAAAUUGCUCACAUCUUAUUAACAACCUAAAAGAAGAGGGUGUUGAUGGUAUAAUAUAUGAUAAAGUUGAUGAAUUAUCUUCAAAAGUAAAGAAAGCCGUUUACGUCAUCGACCCAACCUUCCAGUCAUCAAUUUUAAAUGACGUAGAACUGGCUGAAGUUCCAGGUGCAGAUUAAAGUAAUUGUCAAAACCUUUUUCAGAUAUUUGUGAACUAAUGUACAUAUUAAUACAACUAAAACACAUUUUGAUGAAAAUGUAAAUUCUGACUAUUUCAUCUUCAUCCAAAAAGAUAACAUUCUUUAUAAAUCCUUUUGUAACUAAAUUUAAUAUAUUUUUCUGUGAUGGAGUUCAAAUGUAAAGAUUCAGCCUCUAAAUUAUGUAGUUAACUAAGAAAAUCCCCCAAUUUUAAAAUGGGAGUGUGUAAAGCCAGGAUAGUUGAGUUAGUUGAAAAAAUAAGUUUAUUGUAAAUAAAACUUUCUUGACAGA